AUGGUGGUCUGGAUACGGGCGGUUGACGACCAUGCCUCCCGGGCAUCGGUCAUCGUGAUCCCGACGAUCGUGACCACGGUCAUCGCCGUCAUCCUCACCCUGCUGCGGCUGUACGUGCGCAAGUUCGUCAUGCGGACGCUGGCUUGGGAUGACUGGUUCAACGUGCUCGCCACGUUGACCACCUUGGUCGCCAUGGGGUUGAUUCUCGCGGCCGUUUCGUACGGUUUGGGGCGUCCCAUCGACAGCCUUGACAUGGAUCGAGCCGUCUACUGUGUCAAGCUGCUGCGCAUGUGUCUCUUUCCAUUGCUGUUCUCGACCAUCUUCCUGAAAAUCUCCAUCAGUCUGCUCCUGAUGAGACUUUUUCUCACAACCAACAUCUGGAAGAUCUUCUUCUGGUGCUUCAUCGCCUUUAACACCAUCACCAGUCUGCUCGAUGCCGCUAUCGUCCUGCCCCAGUGUAGUCCUGUGGCCCGGACAUGGGACAAACGAGUAGACGGGACCUGUUGGCCCAAGCGAGCGAUCAACGGAGCGGCCAUCGCACAAGGCUCAAUCGCCGCCGGAACCGACAUCGUACUCUCCAUCCUCCCGAUCGUGUUUCUCUGGAACGUCAAAAUCCCCAUCAAGGUGAAGGGGGCGAUCUGCGGGCUCAUGGCGCUGGGAUUUGCGAGUGCAGGAUUUGCGCUCGCACGCACUAUUCUCGUGUCUACCCUGACCGAGGCAACAGAUCCGACCUGGGAAUACGUCAACCUCUACAUGUGCGCCUUCCUCGAAUCCUCCCUCGGCGUCAUCGCCGCCGCCGGGCCCUCCACACGCCCCCUCCUGCGCCCCAACUUCUGGAACAAAGAGUACUCGCGGUCUCGAUCCCGGUCAUUGCCAUUACACACCGUCACGGCGAAAAAGAGCUCGCCGCGGGUAUGGGGCGAUACGCUCUUCGAUACAAGGUUUGAUGUCGAGGAACGACCGUGCGGAUCGAGGGAUAGUCAGAUGGGGUUGUGGGCGCAGGUUGGGAUGGCGAUUGUCAAGAGGACGUCGAUUGAGGUUGUUAGGGGGGAGGUUGUGGUGAGUCAGGGUGAGGGUGAGAAGGUGGUGGGGAGGGAUUAGGAGGGUGUUGUUCAUGAUUUAUUCGUUCGUUUAUGGGAUACAGAGGGGAGGGAGGGACUGGGUUCUUUAUGGGUUGGUUGGUGGGAAGAUAAAAGUUUGGUUGUGACGCUCUUUUUGGAUACACGAUCGUUGAGAUAUUUUUCUUUUGUCGAACUGGAGAGGAUACACUGGGAUAGAUAUAGAUAC